AUGGAUGAAGAAGGGACGAAAAGUGAGUGUGCAGUCCUGCAGGAGGGUGAAAAUGAAGAAAAUAAGAGCAGUGUGCAGGCAGAGAGCCGAAACGGAGAAACAGAAAACCAGAGCCUGUCCAAAAGACAGAGGAAGAAGCUCCUGAAGCAGCAGAAGUGGGAGGAAGAAAGGGAGCUACGAAAGUGAGUGAGAGUGUUUUCAAUGUAAACGACGACUUUAUGUCUUAUUUUUCAAAGUGGGAAGGAGAGAGAUUUGUGGUAAUGAUGUGGAGUUAAAAAUAAGAGGACACAAGAAGGAAAUCAGAGUCAAAAAUACAUGUGAUUAUCUCAGCUGCCUAAGUACAUAUUUGUUUACUGGGUAUUUUUAAAGCAAGGACCAGUCUGUAUACAGUUUGUAGUUUUUGUGGGCACAAUUUGAUAAAUACUGAAACAUUAAUGUGUAGUUUGUUUUGAGGAUAUUUACAGUGUUUUUUGGUGCUGCAGGCAGAAACGAAAGGAGAGGAAGCAGCAGCGCCGGGAGCAGAGGCAGAAUAACCCUGAAGAGGCAGGAGAGGCUCAGAGCUUCAGGAAACGUCCACGCAGAGAAGCCACACCCAGCUCCCUCAGGCUGGUGGUGGACUGCAGCUUUGAUGAUCUCAUGCUGAUCAAGGUCUGCAGAGGGACACCCACCAUGUAUCCAGUGAGACUUAACUGAGGCACUAAACCACGUCCUGUUGUCUCGUUGUGUGUCCAGGAUGUCCGGAAGCUUCACAAACAGAUCCAGAGGUGCUACGCCGAGAACAGACGGGCCGUGCAUCCUGUACAGGUGAGUGAUUUCUGACCUGUAUGACACAGUGCAGGUGAUCCUCUCUGGUGUGUAACAGCUCCCCUUAUGUCUCCAGUUCUAUCUGACCAGUAUGGGCAAACAGCUGAAACAGAGCAUGGAUGAGAAGGACAAAGGAUGGGUGAACUGGAAGGUGAGCAUGCUCUGACUUUAGAACAUAAGGCAUUUUCUACUCUUUGAAGUCAGGCAUCAGUUUAGGACACAUGAUUUCAAGCAGACUGUGCUACAGAGACUUUGCAGAGUUUGUCCUUUUGCACAAGUUGAUUAUUUUCCAUUUUCCAUACUUUUCUAUCAUUCACACUUGUAUUGAAAACCCAGGAACUGCAUUAAGACUGUGCUGAAUCAUCAAUCAAUCAUAUUUACAAAUCUGUCCCAUAAUUUAAAGGUGGGGUAGGCAGGAUUCUGUUAAAAAAAUUCUUUUUUGUGUGUGCCGUAUGUACUAAAAAGCUUUUAAUAUCAGUCAGGCAUCUACAGUAGCAGCAAUGCUUUUUACUUUCACGUUGACUGGGCCCCAUUUGUAAUUAUCUGAAGUGUUUAUCUACAUUAUAUGAGUUUAAUUGGAAUGAUACAAGUGAACGUCUGUUUGUGGGUGGGGUUUGCUGGAGCAGAGAUGGAGUGGAGAGGAGGAGCUGAGGGGAAAACUGGUUAGGAGGGGUAGUGUUUACAUUCAAGAUUCCUCCCAAAAACUGGUACUUCCUCAGAUACUGCCUACCCCACCUUUAAGCACAGUGUUAGAUCUCAUUGUACUGUUUGCCUGAGCAUGCAGUGCUCAACACCUGUGCUUACUUUUGUAUCAAACAGGACAUCAACAUUAAAACGGAGCACUAUAGCGACCUGAUGAAGAAGGAGGAGCUGGUGUACCUCACCUCAGACUCUCCAAAUGUGCUGGAGGAGCUGGACCAGAAGAAGGCCUACAUUAUUGGGGGGCUGGUGGACCACAACCACCAUAAGGUCCGUGUUUGAGUUCAUACCUGUAAGAGACUGCAAAUAGAGAUUCCUGCAGGCUGACCUCUGCUCUGUGUGGGUUUCUCUCUGUAGGGAAUCACAUUUGAGAGGGCGAAGGAACUGGGGAUCGAGCACGCUCAGCUGCCUCUGAGCAGCUUUGUGAAGAUGAACAGUCGGAAAGUUUUGGCAGUUAACCAUGGUAAGAACACUGGUGUCAGACCAGUACAUGGGGGCCACUAUGGGCAUCUUUAGGAGUUGAUCACGACUUAAUCCCGGAAUGAUACCAGAAGGCUGUCAGGAUUUCUCUGGUGAAGUCAGAGGUGAAAAAUUCAUCUGUAUCUGAACAUGGUGGGUAAUUUAUGGAAUUUUCAGGAACUUUUUUCAUGUCUAUAAUGGGCUAAAAAAGAUCUCUGUCAGUGGGGAUCCUUUCUGGGUUGUUGUUGCAGAAAUCUAAGCCUUUCAGUGAAAGAACAACUCUGGACAAAAUCCCCUUUCUAUCAUCAAGAACCCAAAAAGUGCAAAAAAAUAUUCAUAUGUUUAACACUUCGUUUUGAUGCUCUUGCAGUGUUUGAGAUAAUCCUGGCGUACCUAGAGAAAGGCAGCUGGCAGGAGGCUUUCUUCACUGUCCUUCCUCAAAGAAAAGGAGCCGUGGCCGUUGACCAGGAUGGAGCAAAUACUCAGGAAAAAGAGGAGGAAGACUCGGACUCAGACUCUGACACAACAGAGCAAACUGCCAAAGAGCCCAAAUCUUAG